AGCGCAGUUUCUAUCUAAGAAGGCAUUGUACUGAAUGUUUUCUUGAUUAGCACAGGCGUUGUCUUGACGUCCAAUGCUCGCUGACCAUUCAUUUGAUGUAUCCUUGGCCCGGCAUCGGGGAGGGGAAUCGCCGCGCAACGGCCUUGGGGUGGUGACGAUGAGUCAUUGAAGUAUAAAGUUGUUGGAGCAUAAAGGAGUUUGAUCUUUUCUUUGGUACAAAUCGUGAGUUUGUAAUGUUCCCUCCAUUUGAUUCGUGAUACCAGAGGGUUCUAAUUAGAACUGUGCACUUGCUGUUUUUAGUUUUCCAAUCGUAUCGCUUGCGCAGCUAGGUGGGGUGCGUCAAGUUCAUGAACCGCCCAUUGGGCACGUCAAAUAACUCGGCCAAGAUGACGGAAUACAAAUUAGUUGUUGUUGGCGCUGGAGGCGUUGGAAAGAGUGCCCUCACCAUUCAGCUUAUUCAGAAUCAUUUUGUGGACGAAUAUGACCCGACGAUCGAGGACUCGUACAGAAAACAGGUGGUCAUUGACGCCGAGACGUGCUUGCUCGAUAUCCUGGACACGGCCGGUCAGGAGGAGUACAGCGCCAUGCGUGACCAGUACAUGCGGACCGGCGAGGGUUUCCUGCUAGUAUUCGCCGUCAACAAUUCAAAGUCGUUCGAGGACAUCAGCAGCUAUAGAGAACAGAUCAAACGGGUGAAGGACGCAGACAUUGUGCCCAUGAUCCUGGUGGGCAACAAGUGUGACCUGGCCACGCGGGCCGUCGACAUGAACGAGGCCAAGGAGGUGGCCAAAAACUACGGCAUUCCCUUCAUCGAGACGUCAGCCAAGACGCGGAUGGGGGUGGACGACGCCUUCUACACAUUAGUCCGAGAGAUUAAACGGGAUAAGGAGCGGCGAGGGAGGGAGAAGGGCAAGGUCGGCUACCUGGGCCGGAAGAAGUUGUGUUGCCUGCUGUAGCGCGCGCGCCGCCCGUCCGACCGGCCGCCGGGCCGCGUCACGCACAAUGGAGGCGCGUCCCGCGCCGCGCCGCGCCGCCAACUCUCUGUCUGUCUGUCCGCCUGUUGGUCCGGUCUGCCGGCCGACGGUGGACCGGCUGGCGCCCGCCCGCCGCUGUGUCCGUCUCGGUUAGAAGUGGUCUAGCUCUGUAAGUAAUACCCGACUGUCGGACGGCCGCUGCCUUUCCGGGCCAUCUGCCGGUCUCGGGCGCGCCGCCCCAGCUCCCGGACAGCUAGCCACUCGGUCGGGUCUCUCCGGCCCUGCUCUCCGCUGCAGCCAGCAGGCUUUUUUGAAUGUUUUCCUCGGCUGGUGCCGGCGCGUGCGUCACCAAUUCCAGGCUCCUGCCGCGGCGACCUGCUGCGUCGCGACCGCCGGGAGCGCGCGCGCGUGCGUGCGCGUGUGUUUUUCUCUGUGUGCGCGCCGCGCUGUUCGAGCUGAGUUGAGUCAGAGAGGUGGCCGCGGGCGUUUUGUACCGACUGUGGGGCGGCGGGACGGUGCCCGGCGGCCGCCGGCGGAGGCCGGGCCGCUCACAGCCGCCGGCGGCCGCCGCCGCCGCCGUCCCCACCGCCGGCAGCCUGUCUGCUAGAGGGCGCCGCCGCCGGCUGCCCGACGCGCUAACACUGGGGGCGGUCUCUUUUUACUUCUGUCUGUCCGGCACUCUGAUCGGUUUUGCCGUCUCCGUCUGACUGCCCGUCUCUGUGUUUCUGGAUUCUGUGCACCGUCUCUCUUUCUCUCCGUCUAAUGCCUGUGAUUCUCCCCUCUCGCCGCGUCUCUUGCGGUCGACAGCUGGAUUCUCUGUGUUCUGACUGGUGCUAAAUGUAGUAUUUCAAUUUAUAAAGAUUGCUAAGUGA